AUGGAGCAAAUCAAGCAGUCCUUCGCCAAAGCGAAGCAGCAGAAUCACACUGCUUUGGGAGCAUAUGUUACCGCAGGAUAUCCCACGGGACCAAUAGGCAUGAUAGAGCUCUGUAUGCUACUCACAGAUCCAAUUGCGGAUGGUCCAAUCAUCCAGGAGGCUAAUACGAUCGCUCUUGCCCAUGGUGUCACAGUGUCGGGGGUGUUAGACAUGGUUCCUAUCCUUCUGAUGAGGUACUAUAAUUCAGUACUUUGCUAUGGCGAAGUGAAGCUGUUGGAAGACUGCAAGCAGGCAGGCAUCAAUGGAUUCAUACUCGUCGACCUCCCUGUUGAGGAAGCAAUUCCCUUUAGAAAACUCUGUGCGAGCAAUGGCCUUCCCUUUAUCCCUCUCAUUGCUCCUUCUACGUCCAUUUCUCGGAUAAAAUCCCUCUGCAGCCUAGCGGAUUCCUUUAUCCACGCUGUUUCGAGAAUGGGUGUGACUGGGUGCUUCUAA